AUGGACAAUUUUUUUAAUAACCUCGAUUCAGAUGAGGAUUCUGAAGAAGAAUUAGAGGAAGAUGACGUUCCUUUCGAGGACAAUGUUUUGAAGAGAGCCAUAGGCACGUUCAUUUUACGACUGAGGGCGUCAUCCAACUUGAGGCAACCAAAUAUUGACCAGAUAUUAAUGAAUUUAAGAGAAAUAGUUUCUACUUAUGUAAGAACAACUUUAAAUCACGUUGAACAAGUUUUGGAGGAAAAUGGAAUAGAAUUGCGGGAAUUUAUUAAUAUCGAGGAAGAAUUACAUUCAAUUAAUUGUACUCAAAAUUUGGAUACUAAACACAAACAGGAUAAGUACUUCGAAAAUGCAUUCUCAAUGAUAAAGCCCGAAAGGUAUGAACUGGGCAGGAGAUUUAUCAGACAUGGAACCGGCACUUGUGGGAAUGACCGUCCUACAAAAUUACAUACAGAUGAAAUGAUGAUUAUUCCAAUUGCCGACGUUCUUAAACAAUGGCUGAGACAUCCGGAGUUUAGAGAUGUUCUUCAGCAGCAUGUUCCACGAGAAAACAUUAUGUCAUCUGACGAAGAUGGUCUUAUCUUUGCUAACGAUACUUUCUUUUCUCAACACAGAGAUGCAUUUAGAAUCAUUCUUGGAUUUGACGAAACCCAGAUGUCUAACCCAAUUGGUUCUAAAGCAGUCCCUAAACACAACUUAGGAAUGAUUUAUUGGACUUUGGGAAAUAUACAACCAAUGUAUCGGUCCAAUUUAAAAUUUAUGAAUCUGUCGGGAAUUGUUAAAAGCGAGGACAUUGAAAGGUACGGCAUGGAUGCUAUUCUAGCACCAAUCGUGGAAAGUAUUCAAAGUUUGACAAAUGGUAUAGAACUUGAAAAUGGGGAAAUAAUUCGUGCAAACCUAUUUGCAAUCUGUGCAGAUAAUCUUGGUCAGCAUAAGAUAUCGAAAUUUAAAGAAGGUUUUACGGCGGAUCAUCCUUGUAUUUCCUGCGAAGCAAGUUUACAAGAAGUACGUACAUUAACAACAGAAAAUAUUGAUUUGAUUCGGACUCCAGAAAGUUAUUUGCAUCAGGUUAAUGAAAUUGAACACGCUUUUGGCGCAGAAAAAAAAAGACUUUCGAAACUUUACGGAAUAAAUCGAGGUACAGUUUUAAACCAAAUUGCAAACUUCAGUCCAGUUGUUAAUAUUCCUCCAGAUGUGAUGCACACUAUUUUAGAAGGUGUUUUUCAUCGAACAUUACAAUUAUAUUUGCGAAAAAUAUGUCUUAUUGAUGGAAAAAUCACUCUUCAAGAUUUAAACGACAAUUUGCAGAAUUUUGAUUACGGCUACACUGAAUUGCUGUGUAAACCAUCUCCAAUUAAAGUGCAGCAUUUAACUAAAAAUUUCCACCAAUCUGCAUCACAAACAUGGCUUUUAGCAGUCAUAUUACCACUUAUUUUGAGGGGUUCAGUAGAAGAAGAUUGUGAGUAUACUCACAAUUUCUCAAAAUUAUUAGAAGUCUCGUCCAUUGUAAUGGGACAUUCGAUUAGUAGAGGAAUGAUCGACUACUUAGCCAUGUGUAUAACAGAAUACCUUACAGAUUUUAAAAGGUUGUAUUCCGACGAAAAUAUGAAUGUUGCAGAAAAUAUGGAUAUUGACGGUGAUAAUGAUAUUGCGAUUAAAAAUAUUGGCAACGAAAAUGAUUCUGAUCAUGAAAAUGAGCCUUUCCAAAAUGAAGAAGGAAAAAAAUUAACACCAAAACAGCAUUAUAUGACUCAUUUUCCUCGCGAUUUUGAAAAAUUUGGUUCACUAGUUCAAUUUUGGUGCAUGAAAGUAGAAGCCAAACAUGCUUUGUUGAAGAACAAAGCAAAAUGUGUUCAUAAUGCAAAAAAUCUUCCAUUCACAUUAGCGAAUUGGCAUCAAUUGAACCAAAGUUUCCAAAUGAUGCAUACUUUACUUAAAGAUGUUGUAACUGGACCACGGAAAUUAAAAUUGACAGAGGCCUUACCAUUUUCACAGUUAUAUCCACAUAAUCCAACAGUAACAUUGGUUUCGUGGGUCAGAUAUAAUGGAACAAAAUACACUGCCAGGAAGUGUUACAUUCCUGUUGGGUAUGAUGAACAAAAUUCUUUUCCACUAUUUGCUGAAUUAUUCAAUAUUGUUAUUGAAGAUAAUUUGCCCGUUUUUAUUUGCCGAUUUGUUCAAACAGUCGAACAUAAUGUUCAACUAAUGGCUUAUAGAGUGGAAACUGAAGAAGACAACUUUGUUAAAUUCACGUUUAGAGACCUUAUUUCACCCAAUGUGUAUCACAGUCACAUUUCCGAAGGAGAGAUUUUUUUAAUAGUCAAACAGAAUUUUUGCGAUUUGCAUUUAGUCACUAAGUCUUAA